AUGGCGUCAUCGAAGGAAACCUAUUGUUUGUGUGGCCAACCAUAUAAUAUUGGUCAAUUUAUGAUAGAAUGUGAUUGCUGUCGCGAGUGGUUUCACGGAAGUUGUGUUGAUGUUAAAAUUUACCAUUCGGAUGAUAUAGACAAGUAUCACUGUCCAAAAUGUGCCCAGACUUAUGGACCGUCAGUUUUAAAGAUCCCUACAAACAAUCACCGAGCCGAUCGUUACGAGCUUGGAGCAGAGACAAGACCUUCACAAGCUGGAUCGCCAGCAUGGGUACGAGCUCUAUCAGCUCGGCCCAUGAGGCCCACGGCCGCAGCCCUAACUACCAUGAGACCUGAACAGUUUACCGAGGAGUUUGUCAGAGAUAAUUUGUUCACAAGACCUGUGAUCUUUAACACCUCCGACGGUCUCGAUAUGAAGGUACCUAAUGCGGAAACAUUUAACGUAAGAUCUGUGCUACGAUAUUGUGGAGCUCAGUUAGAGGUUGAAGUUAUAGAUGUACGUAAACAAUCAACCUUACGAAUGCCGCUCGGAGAUUUUGUGGAUUAUUUUGAGACACCACAGGAACACAGGGAUGAGAAAGUACUCAAUGUACUUAGUCUGGAGUUCACUGAUACCAAUAUGUGUAGUCUAGUGGAGCCCCCUCUAAUCGCUCGUAGUCUAGACUGGGCUCGAACUGUAUGGUCUAGCGAGGAACCAGCUAGACCACAUGUCCAACGAUACUGUUUAAUGUCAGCAGCUGGCUCAUAUACAGACUUCCACAUAGACUUUGGUGGUACUACAGUGUGGUAUCACGUUCUACAUGGGAGAAAGGUUUUCUACCUCAUUCCCCCUACAGCUACAAACUUAGCUCUAUACCAACAGUGGAGUGCGGCUAACAAUCAAACAGAAAAAUUCUUUGGGGACAUGGUGGAAUGGUAUGGUACGGCUGAAUUAAGUCCCGGUGAGACCCUCUUCAUACCAACUGGAUGGAUCCAUGCUGUAUACACUCCAACAGAUUCAUUGGUGUUUGGAGGAAAUCUGUUACACUCAUAUGCUAUUGAGAUGCAAUUACAAAUUUACGAGAUCGAAAGCCGAGUGGAGACGCCGGUGUUAUUGCGGUACCCUCUGUUCGAGGCGUUACACUGGCUGGCGGCGGCACAGUUGUUGGCUGUAUUACGACGAAUAAAUGAGGAAACACAGGAUGAAGAUUUCACUCUACAUGAGGGUAGUUCAUCACAUCCGGUCGAACUGCCACCACUUCUGUUACGAGGGAUAAAGAUAUUGGCCAACGCUCUCAAGGAGUGGCAUGCUUUGAAGGCGACGGAUGCUUCAAAGCGUGACAACGUACCCAAAUGUAUAAACUCUGGUCAACUGGUGAGGGAAUUAUGUAAAGAGUUGAGGACGUUGGAAAAACGAAAUACAACAACUAAGGAUAAGGAUGUAAAACAGAAGAAUCAAUCUCCCACUAAAUCCCAGAACAAAAAGCAAGCAACACCAAAAAAACCAAUCAAGCUUACUCUACCGAAACCAAUUAUGCACAUGAAUCAGAACACUGAGUUCGUUGAAGAAAAAACGUAUCCAGAUAAAUAUUAUGUAGAUAAUAAAGAGGUUGUAUACACAGAUAGGUAUAUACAGGAUGUUAAAUAUAUAAGCACUGACGUCAAAUAUGUUGCCGGGGACAAGUUUGUGAACAAUGACGUCAAGUUUGUUAACAGUGACAUUAAGUUCGUCAAUAGUGACGGCAAGUUCGUGAACAGUGACGUGAAGUUCGUGAAUAGUGACGUGAAGUUCGUGAACAGUGACGUGAAGUAUGUUUUGGACGGGAAGGAGACGAUCUUGCCGGAGAAGUAUUCGUACCAAAAUUUUGAAGAAGUUAACUACCCAGACAAUGGUUAUGGAGAUAGACAAGAUAAGAAGGCCGCGUUAAAAGUUAAAUUAAGCAAUUCCCCAUCAUCAUCUCGCGAGGAACCUCCGCCCUAUAGUCUGCCGGAACAUUCCAUACUGAAGUCACAUCUCAUUAGGACUGAUAGAAGUUUGAAACCCGUACACCAAUGGACUAUAUCUAAGAAGGAUAUCGGAGACUAUCAUGACGAAGAAAUACUAUUCACCAACGAGAACCUACAGACUAAUGUCAGGGUUGAAGGACAGGAAAUGAACUAUGGGGCAGGUAUGUACUCGGCGGAGGAUAUGCAUCAAGAGUAUCAGUAUGGAGACACGGCGAAAGGCUACCACCAGCUGUACCAGCCCGACACGUACCACUACACGAGAUACGAACAAACAGUCACCACCCAGCCUCAACCAUAUAAUAGUAGCACAUACACAGAGACACAGCUGCCUUCAUACGACGCGGCGAUCGCUCACCAGUACCAGAAUAAUUAUGUGAUAGAAGAGAAGCCUCCUCCCAAACCGGAGGUAUCUGUCCGUCGGUCCGAGAGGCCGGUCCGUAGGAGAGUGUCGAGCUCUUACUCGUACGACGACGAGCUGUACAUAGACGACGCGCCGCCGCCGAGGAGGAGGCCCAACAAGAGACACAACAGGAACAACGCCACAAACGGUUCGUACCGAGCGCCCGCUCGGCCGGCCCCUACUAAUGGAAUCGAGUCGCUGAUACAAGCGUCAGUAUUGGCUGAGGAAGAAGCGCCGGUUAAUGAGACUGAAGACGCAGCGGUAGCGGGUAUGUUAAGUAUUAGUGAGAGAUACGAGCCACCAGCCACCUUCGGCAUAGCUGUGGAUACAUCGGAACAAAGAAACAGCAGUGGUACUACAAGCACGGGUCGGGCGAGAGUACGUAAGAGUGUCACGACCGUGGAAACUGUAGACGAGUUUGAUGAAGAAGAUGUGAUCAAGGAAGUACACCGGGAUGAAGAGUAUGUGUACCCUUCGCUGGAGAUGAGUUCUGAUGAUGAAGAAGACUGGUCUGUGAGAAGAAAGAAGGCGGCUCGAGUGAGACAGGACAGUCGAGGGAGGAAUGAUAAGGACGAGUCCUGGUGUCCCCGGGGCCGCCUCCCCCGUACUCCCGUAAGGCACCGGCCGGCCCGUACGGCUGUGAGGAGGGAGUGUGUGAGAGCGGCCUUACACGCGGCCUCCGUUAGAACGACGGACAGACGACCCGAAAGUGCCAAGCGAGCGGUUUUAGCCACCAAGAGCCGACGCCCGCCAGCGCCGGUCACUACACCUAAUAAAAAUUCAAGACUGAAGAAAGGCAUGAAGACAGCCAAGCAGCGUCUAGGAAAGAUAUUGAAGAUACAUAAAAUGAUAUAUUAA